UGUACUUUUGGAUAAGAAAAUCAGGAUUCUUCUUCUUCCCAGCUACACUGAGCUCGGACUCAAAAAUCGAAAGCAGUGGGACUAUAAUGCGCUCGCAUUCCGGCGGUUUACCCAAGGAGCAGGAGCACGCUAUCAUUGUCUCCGCCCUCAAACAGGUAGUCCGCGGUGGCGUUAGAACAAACAAUGCACCCUCCCAGGCCCACCAGCCACCGCCGCCGCAGCGGAUCUAUUAUGCCUCAUCAUCAUCACUUCCUCCAACGGAGGGCGCCGAUCAAGUCGUGAUACCGUAUUCGGAUUCUGACACGUGUGAGGUAUGUAAGAUGGAGAUGGACGAUUGCCUUGGCUGUGGCUUGUUCCCGCCAAGCGAGCAAUACACAGGGAAAGGGAAGAAGAUGCAGACUAGCGAGUACAGGGGAGUGCGGCAGAGACCAGGGGGCAAAUGGGCCGCGGAGAUUCGGGACCCGCGUCGCUCGGUUCGGGUUUGGCUCGGGACGUUUCAGACGGCGGAGGAGGCAGCCAGGGCUUAUGACACGGCGGCCCUCGAGUUUCGUGGAGCUGACAGAGCUAAGCUAAACUUCCCCCCAUCCUCGGACACUGGUGGUACUACCAGUAGAGCAUUGACUGAUGAGACCAAAAGUCAAAACAAGUCCUGGAAGUCGUAGAUAGUAUUAAGUGUGACUGAGUGACUGAGGUUUGCUACUUUUGACGAUUGUGACAGUGUCAGCGGAUAUUGUGCGUACUGCGUAGGUUGACCUGAAUAAAUAAUACGCACAAUAUCAGCUUCUCUUUUCUGUUUCAUUAUUUUUCCUCUUCUGUGCGUAGGUCUGAGAAUUCUGAGAUUCCGGUCUAUGCGACACAUGGCAUUAUUUUUCCUCUUCUAUUUCAUUCUCAAUCUCUGUUCCAUCCAUUCUCCUAAAAAUAAAAAAUAAAAAAAUCUCUGUUCCAUCAGUACACUCUUUUAUCCCAAUCCUCUUUUUGGGAUAAAACUAACCCUGCAAUCAUCUUCGCAACCAUAAAGAAGCAAAUGGCCGCUACUAUCCAUCUCCAACACAUCCACUGAAUCUCUGGAAAGAAAGAAAAUUCAGACUGAAUAUGUUUUUUUUUUUUUUUAUUUACCCCUUUUUACUUGAUCUCUUCAUCCUUGCCAAAGACCCAACAGAAUCUAAUGUAAUCUAAGGUUCUAAUCCUUCCGUGGAUUGAAUCUCAGAUUUUUUUCCUUGCUUUGCUUCUCUUUCUUUUCCUAAAGGCUGGGAUCUCCACUCUCUAAAUCUGCAAGCCAUGGAAGUGCUCCGCAUUAUUCCUCGGAGAAGAAGAAAAACAGUUUCGAAGAAGCGAAGAACCGUCGUGUUCCAAUGUUCCGCCCGGCGGCACGUCUUAUGGACGUUGUCGUCGGACGAGUAGGUUUAGAAUCUCAGUCCACCAGUGAAGGACCGAGGCAGUGUCAGGGCUGGAGCGGGGAGGAACCAUGGAGGAUUUGUGGUCUUCUACGGGACAAUCUACAACCACAAGCAUGCUGUGGAGGGUGAUGGGAUAAUUGGAUCGUGGGCCUGUGUUGCUUUGAUGGGCUGGUAUCUAGUUUUCUUAUUUUCACUAGUUUAUUUAAAGCUUAGGUGUAUCUUAUGUACAAUAAAUUCCUACCACGUCUUGGUAAGGACAUGUGAGCUAUGUUCAGGUCUGCAUACUCAGUAUGCUUUAUCUGCCCUAGCGAGAUGGCGGAUCAUGAAUUGGUUGCAACCUCCUGGUGGUAGGAUGAAACGACGUGUCGUCGGUUUUAUUUAUGAUCGUCAGCAUAUUCGGAAAGUUACUUUAUUGGUUUUACGGCAUUGCUUGACAUGUCACCGUUAUUGUAAAGCAAAUAGAGUAGUCGGUAUGACACCUUUUGCUUUUUAGUGCAUGUAUGAAUAAUUGUAGUUGUAGAGGCGUCUAUUAUUAUUCAGGAGGUCCUCUUGAGGUACAUUGUAAUAAGGGG